AGUCACAUCAUUGCCAUCAUCAAUGGGGAUCUCCUUGGCUCUAGUUGCUCUUCUGAUGAUGAUGGGAUGGGCAUGGAGUGUGGUGAACUGGAUCUGGUUGAAGCCCAGGCGAUUAGAGAGAACCUUGAGAGAGCAGGGCUUCCAUGGAAAUCCCUACAAGCUCUUUCAUGGAGACUCCAAGGAGAUGAUCACAAUCGAGAAAGAAGCUCAGUCCAAGCCCAUGGACAUUUCGAAUGACAUCAUAGCCAGAGCACUGCCUUUCCACCAUCUAUCCACCAACUGCUAUGGUAAAAAUUAUUUUAUGUGGAUUGGUCCUCUGGCAAAGAUAAACAUUGAGGAUCCCAAACUGAUAAGGGAAGUCUUGCUUAACCAUGAAGUGUUCCAGAAGCCAAUGAGCAACCCGCUUGGCAAGCUGCUCCUCAAAGGCCUUCUUGUCCAGGAAGGUCAGAGCUGGGCUACCCACAGAAGGAUUAUCAACUCAGCUUUCCAUCCUAGAAAAUUAAAGAACAUGGUACUAGCAAUGAACCAAAGUUGUAGGGAGAUGAUAAGAAAAUGGGAGGCAUUGGUGUCAACAAGUGGUGGAGCUUGUGAGUUGGAUGUGUGGCCUUAUUUCUCCAAUUUGGCAGCCGAUGUGAUCUCUCGAACAGCGUUUGGUAGUAACUACGAACAAGGAGAAAGAAUCUUUCGACUCCAAAGGGAGCAAGCCAUGCUUGCAUUCCAAGUUCUUCAAUCUGUUUAUAUCCCCGGAUCGAGGUUUCUGCCCACAAAGACGAACAGGAGGAUGAAAGAAAUCCAUGGGGAAGUGGGAGCUCUACUGAGAGACGUGAUCACCAAGAGAGAGAGAGCGAUCCAGGAAGGAGACGAUCAUGCAGAAGAUGAUUUGCUCGGAAUACUGUUGAAGACGAACUUGAAGGAAAUUCAGGAACAAGGAAACAAGAAGCAGAGUGGGCUGAGUAUCGAAGAGGUGAUCGAAGAGUGCAAAACGUUCUACUUUGCCGGCCAGGAGACCACCUCGGCUUUGAUCACCUGGGCGAUGGUGCUGCUCGCCAUUCAUCAGAACUGGCAAGCUCGUGCUAGACAAGAGGUUUUGGCUGUCUUUGGGGACGACGAACCACACUUCGAUGCCCUCAAUCAACUCAAACUUUUAACGAUGAUUCUGUACGAGGUUCUGAGGCUGUACUCAGUCGGGCCCGUGCUCAUUCGGACGACACAGAAAACGGCGAAACUCGGGGACUAUGUUCUUCCUCCGGGAGUCGUUAUCUCAAUCCCGAUCAUCGCAGUUCAUCACAAUCCAGAAUUCUGGGGCGACGAUGCGGCCGAGUUCAAGCCGGAGCGAUUCGGCGACGGCGUUCCGGAGGCGGCGAAGAGCCGCGGCACAUUCUUCCCGUUCAGCAGAGGCCCCAGGAUCUGCAUUGGCCAAAUGUUUGCUCUGAUGGAAGCAAAGCUGGCGAUGGCAAAGAUCCUAAGGCACUUUCUGUUCAAGCUUUCGCCUUCUUACGUCCAUGCGCCGUGCGUUCGUGCAGUGCUGCAGCCUCAGUAUGGUGCUCGCUUGAUCAUUGAGAAAAUCUAGAAUA